AUGCGAUUCAGAUCGCGACGACGACGACGUGAGGCUGCAGAAACCCCAAACACGGUCUGUCUAUCUCACCUCUCUCGUCGCCGUCACGAGCAGCGCAUAAGGCGAUGGGAAGAAAUGCAGUGGUGGCGAUGGCUGAAUCGGGGUUGGGAUUUUUUUGUUCGGUGUGGUGGCUUUGCUGGAUCCAACGAUGGCGGAGGUAACAUUGGAUAUGGUGGUGUUGUGGUUCUGAUGGUGGCGGUGGACAUCGUGGUGUUCGAUAUUUCUCGUCACUGCCCACAGGAGUUGUCUUCCGAGGAAAUGGUGGGCAAUGGCUGGCCCACCCGGAUGGAAUAUCAUAUCGACAACGAUCUGAGGGCUCAUUCGGGAAAAGUUACGACGUAUUGUAACUUUUCCAGCUAUGCGACAGUACUUGAGGGGCUGGACGAGGAGCAUAUUGACUUACUCCGUCGAUCAUUUUUAUGGUCGUUCUAUCCGUUGAAGGACGUGCAGUUCUCUGGACAAAUUGUGGAUUCUUUAUUACUUCGGCUGCUUAAACCAGUCGAUGGCGAUCAGUUAUAUUUUGCUAUUGGGGACGGGAAGGUAUGUAGAUUCUCGAUCCUUGAAUUUGCCCUGAUUACGGGCUUGAGAUGUACCGGGGAAGAAGAAGCUAGAACCCGUAUUAUACGAAAUAAAAGGUUAUUGGAUUUAUAUUUUGGAGGUAAAGGGCCAGUUACACCACCACAGUUAGAGGACGCAUUUAGGAAAUGCGAUCACAUGUUAGACAAGUUGAAGUUAGGGUUGGUGUAUAUAUUGGAGAGUAUAUUGAGGUGUCGACAUCGUAGGACGUCGAUUGAUCUUUUUUCAUUGGAUGUUGUUGAUGAUAUCGAUGCUUUCAACAGCUUUCCAUGGGGUCAGAGAUGUUACACCGAUACUCUCCAUGUAUUCAGAAGGGUACAGACUAUGCCGAAAUCGGAGAGGGGCGAUCGCAAAUAUGAUGUAUAUGGCUUUUGCAUGGCUUUGCAGCUGUGGGCAUAUGAGGCUAUCCCUGCUUUGGGUAGCAAAUGGGCGAUCAGAAGGGAGACUAGCUGCCCACGAAUGCUUCAUUGGCGAGCACAUGAAAAGCCAUCGGCUAAAGAUUUGAUAGUUAUCCUCGACGAUCCUCAGCUCGAAGUUCAUGCUGAGUUGGCUGUCUCGGUGGAAGAGGAGGAUGCAAUAUAUGUACGUGAAUUACUUGUUCCCCCUACUGAAGACGAUCCAGUAUUUGAGUCCGUUCCGGAUAGAAAUAUAGAGCGCCAUCCGGAACUUCCACUUAGGAGAUCUCCUUCGCCUCCACCGAUGAGAUCUCCGUCACCUCCACCGAUGAGAUCGCCUCUACCGCCAUUAUCUCAUUCUCCGAGGAUAUCUCCGUCUCCCGUACCCACCCACCUCCCACAUGGAUCGCCUACACCCAGUCAAACCCGUCAUUCAGAUGAUUUCUUUGCACGCAUGACUGGCAUUAUUAGAGAGGAGCUGGGAACGAUGCGACGUGAUUUUCUGACAGAGGUAGUCGCAUUACGAGAGGAGAUAAGGGUAUUGCGACGGGAUUUUACGACAGAGAUCGUCGCAGUACGAGAGGAGAUAGGGGUGCUGCAACGAGAUUUUACGACAGAUGUAGUAGCUUUGCGAGAUGAGAUUGGAGUGCUGCGACGAGAUAUAGGAGACCUUCAUACUGAGGUUGCAGCACUUCGAGGCGAUGUAGCAGGCGUCCGAGGGAAUGUCGGGGAGACUGGUGUCCCUCGAGAUUGGUGGGCAACGGCCGGGGGAAUCGAUGAGUUUUUUGGUUCGGUGUUGGAGGCCGAGAGGGAGGGGGUGGAGGUCGGGCAGGAGGAGGCCGGGAUGCCCGGGAUAGAGGUCGGGCCGGAGGUGCCGGAGGAGGCAGAGAUAGAGGGGGUGGAGGGAGGGACAAGGGUGGCCGAGGAGGUAGCGGAGGGGACAUCAGAGGUGAUAGUAGAGGGGGAUGAUCAGGUUGCGGAGGAUGAGAGGACGCUGGAGAUGACGGAUGACGAGGUAGUAUUCGUGUCCGAGGGGGCGACGGAGGUCCUGAAGGGUAAGAAGCGUGCUGCUGACGCGCCAGAGCUGAUGGUCGGUAAGAGAUCAAGAUUGCCGUCACAGUACGUCGUUUCUCCCUACACGGUCGAGGCGAAGAGAAGGGGAUUUGUGGAUGGGGCGUACCCCAAUCUUUUUCGCGACGUCGACCCAGUCAGACAGAAGGCGUUCGAUGAUUGGUUCAAAUCCCUUAAGUCCGAAGAUAGUUAUACCAUCGGCUGUAUGACCGUGCCCAAUGCUAAAAAGUGGUUUGAAGAUGUACUGACGACCUCAGCUUGGCUCGCUGAUGAUCAUAUCGACUUGGCUAUGGAAUUGUUACGCGAUCGGGCGCGGAGAUACCCGAGAUCGUAUGACAGUCCUACUCGAGUUAUCUUGAGCGCUGAGUUCGUUCGUGUCGUAGAUAUUGAGCAUCAGGAACUCCUAAGCAAGGGGAAUGAUUAUGUUCUGUCUGAGUACAUGCUGGAGUGGGUGAUUGGACUACAGUUGAGGUGCGGAAAGCCGUGAACGGAUUGUACACAUAUGUACAUUCCAGUGAUCGCGAACUCACACUGUUUUUCGGUGGAGAUCGUAUUUGCUGAUUCCACCAUAUAUGUGUACGACUCUGAUCAUAGCUGUCUGACACAAAGUCAAUUGGAGCAAAUACUGGAGCCAUUGGCUGUGAUCGUGCCCAUGAUGGCUAGUCAUGCGAUGAUUCGAGUAAAUGAUAGAUUAGCCAUUGUGCGGAACACGACGACGGCGAGACAAGAAAGAUCGGGUGACUGUGGCUUAUUUGCAAUCAAGUACAUAGAGUUCUUGAGCAUUGGUCGCAAUGUUGAUACAAUAAAUCAGUCUUGGAUUGAUAUGUGGAGGCAUAAAUUAGCUUGCGACUUGUAUGAAUAUAACUGUGAU